GCUCUCCCAUGCUCGAUGAGGUCGACAUUCGCUACAGCACGGUUCAGUUUGAUGGAACGUUCAUGAACCUGUCCAUCUAUGCUCAACCUCCAGGGUCAGGCGUGGACGAGGCAUGGCUUGCACUGGGUACAAAUUACCGCCAGGUUAUCGUGCCCGAAAACCAAGCGGAAGCCGCCGGUCUAUCUCCUGGACAAGUAAAGAGGCGGGAAGAUCAGGGAGGUGGCUACAUCACCAACGUCGAAGCUUUGCACCAUCUGCAUUGUCUUAACCUCCUGCGUCAGUCUUCGCAUUGGUAUUACGAGCACUACAAGGAGCAAGGAGAGGGCGCUUUUGUCAACGAUGAAGACAUUGUUCUGAUUCACCACGGUAAAUUUGAUCCCGACCCCACUGCUUGA